AUGGAAAAAUAUCAAUCGCCCGAGUGGCACCCAAGCUGGCAACUCAAGUGCAUUUUCGCAGUUGUUGGCUUGCUGAACUUCGUUGCUGCCCUCGAUGCUACCUCGAUAUCGGUUGCUCUUCCGACCAUUUCCGAAGACCUUGGGGGCACGGCUACAGAGGCCUUCUGGGCUGGAACAUCAUUCCUUGUAGCCUCUUGCGUUUUUCAACCCGUCUUUUCCCUCGCAUCAGACAUCUUCGGACGCAAGCCUAUCCUCAUAACAGCUGUGGUAUCGUUUACUCUGGGUUCCAUCCUGGCUGCUGUUGCCAAGGGCUUUGCUUUGCUUCUCGUUGGCCGUUCAUUCCAAGGCAUUGGCGGAGGAGGGAUCAUGGUUCUCACCGAGAUUCUCAUCGCCGAUCUGAUUCCUCUACGUGAGAGAGGGAAAUGGUUCAGCAUUCGCUCAGGAACUUGGGCCCUCGGUACUGUUGUUGGACCACUGAUUGGUGGUGGUUUCACGGAGUCAUCUGCCUCUUGGAGAUGGAUCUUUUGGAUUAAUCUCCCCUUCUGUGGCCUCGGAUUGAUCUUGAUUCCGAUAUUUCUGAAGCUCAACACCACGCAGAUACCUCCCCUGCGAGAGAGUCUUAAAAGGAUUGACUAUAUCGGUUCAUUCUUGUUCGUCGCUUCACUGACGUCUUUCCUUAUCCCCAUCACUUGGGGAGGGACCAUGUAUGCAUGGGAUUCGUGGCAUACUCUUGUCCCUCUCAUUCUGGGAGUUGCAGGACUGAUCGGAUUCUGCAUGUACGAGCGAUUCAUCGCGACACAACCGCUCAUUCCACUUGUUAUUUUCAACAAUGUGACCAUGUCAGUAAGCUACGCCGGCUGCUUCCUCCAUGGUGUGAUACUUUGGGCUGUCGUCUACUACCUGCCACUAUACUACGAAGGCUCACUAGGCUAUAAGCCCGUGAUAGCAGGUAUUGCAAUGUUCCCAGAAUGUUUUACAGUGGCACCCAUCUCCGUGAUAACCGGAUUCAUCUGUGCCAAAGUCGGUCGAUACCGCUGGGCCCUUUGGUUCGGCUGGCCAGUCACGAUUCUCGGAAUAGGACUUCUGUGCCUACUUGAUUCCGAAACAAGCAUUCCUAAAUGGCUCUUCAUCAACCUUGUCGCAGGCGUUGGCGUUGGUACCCUCUAUCCCACCGUGAUGCUCGCUGUUCAAGCCGCCGCGAACCCGGAAUAUCUCUCCAUCUCCGUCUCCAUGACCCCCUUCUUCCGGGUAUUUGGCCAGGCCGUUGGAGUUGCGAUUGGCGGUGUCGUGUUCCAAAACCGCAUUAUUCACGAAUUUGGCGAUCAUCCUUCUCUUGGCAGGUCCGCUCUUGCCUAUGCGCAGGAUGCUUCUAGUCUGGUGCAAUACAUCCACACUCUACCGAAGAGCAGCGCGGAGAGGAAUUUACUUGAAAGCUUAUACGCAAAGGCUCUUGUUAUCGUUUGGGCGGUUAUGUGCGGGAUUGGGGGCCUUGCUCUCUUAUUGAGCCUUUUCACCAAGGAUUAUACAUUGAAUCAGGCGUUGAGCUCGAAACAGGGUCUUCAGGGUCGACCAUCUAAUGAUGUGGAGUCCGGUGGCUCUGGUGAUUCUGGUGAUUCCAGGGAGUCGAGUGAGAAAGAGAAAGCGUUAGAGUAG